AUGCCGGCUUCAGUCACGCGCAUAAAGACACUGUCAAAUUCAACAGAGACCGGAUGGCAUGACCGAUGGGCUCUGACAAGCCAAAGAAAUUGCAACAAGUGCGCCAAGAAGGGGCUGGACUGCCCCGGAUAUGGCAUCAGAUAUCGCUUCGCGGAUGGGAAGACAGCCUCGUCGACCGAGUUCGAGCCGGCCGAGAGCUCACGCUUCGCUUCUUCAGUAUCGUCUUCAUCGUCAUCAGUAUCUGCAAAGCGCCGACAGCCCGACCUGAAAUGGGUGGACGUGUCUAGCCGAGUGAAGAGGGCGAGGGCAGCUGCCGAACAAGGCCCGAGCAGGGACAACGCAACAGUUGCGGGACCUUCCAGUACAGCACCCACGAGCUCUGGCCAAGACCUCAUCUCGACUCGUCAUCAACAAGGCAAUGUUGUGUUCGGGCCCAAUGGACCGCAUCACAAUCUUGCACGCCGUGAUGUCCAGUCCGGGUCCCGGCAGACCAGGGACACCUCACCGCAGGAGACUGUGGAAUCCUCGUCUACUGACGAGGAUGAAACCGAUGUCAUCGAAAUCACGCGAACGAAUGACUUCGGCAGGUUAGCCCGACCAGACUUCUCACCAGUGUCGCUCAACCUACCCUCCCUACUGUCGAAUCCAGACCCACGGGUGCGCCUUCUUUUCAAGCACUUCUCUACCCAUGUCUCGCCUGUCAUGCUCAUGUACGACGACGAGGCCAACGGCUACCGGCGUCAGAUACUUCCCCUCGCACACGCAGAUCCCAUCGUUGAGCGAGCGGUGUGUGUCGCUGCCGCGUUCCACUUGUCUCGACAAGUGCCUGAGCUGCGCCUCCCCGCUGAGUCGGGGCGAGCUGCCAUCGUCAGCAAGCUGUCGUCCGAGGUCGACUUGAGCGAUUCGACAUGGGCGACACUCAUUCUACUGAUUGUCGCGGACUUGGUUACAGGGCACGAGCAUGUACUUACGCUGUACAAGAUGCUUCUUGCCUUCCUGGAUGCCAGAGGCCAGACCGGAGAAGCAGGAUCACCACUGGAGAAGUUCUUAUAUAACCAAUCCAAACUGAUAUCACUGUUCGCCUAUCCCAUCCUGGGCGAGUCCAAAGCAGUAGCAGACUUCUCGAAAUUCCUGAAUGGGCUCAUGACGAGUCACGACCAGCUAAAGCAACGUCAGCGCCAGAGCCUCGAAUUCCUGGUCAGCACCGACCAGCUUCCUAAAAGUGACGAAGGGGUGUUCGACGCGAGGACACGGCUGUAUAUGGAGAUCACCCGCGCCGCAACAGAGAUCUACGUACUGCGCGCACAAACCCCAGACGACACCUUCGACACGUCCGGAGCCAUACGGUUAGAGACAACCGUGCUGCCGUUGCUAUCGAACCUGGACGCUACCGAGACUGCCAUCGACGACACGUACACCCCGAUCGAGAGCAUGCCUGACCGCAUCGCCCACAUCCGCUCCCUCUUCGAGCAGGUCGACCCGUCGGCGCCAGGGUCGCAUACCAUCGUGUGGCCUGCGUUCAUUGCAGCCGCCGAGUCCCGCGAGGAAGACAAUAGGGAGUUCUUCUCGUCGAUUCUGAGACGGCUGUGGCAAUCGACUGGGUAUGCGAACGUGCUGCGGGGCUUGGAUGCGCUUCCGGCGCUAUGGGAGCGGCAGGGUCGGGGCCAGAAGUGGACUGCUGCUUUGCAGGACCUGAAGACCGUGGUGAUGUGA